CUUUCUUUUCCUCUCAGACUCAGAGUUUCUUUGUUGUUGUCUCCAUUAAUGGCGUCAGAGAAAUCCAGCUCCAAGGGUCAAGCAUGGUUUUGUACGACUGGCUUACCUAGCGACAUUGAAAUCGAAGUUGAUGACAUGACAUUCCAUCUCCAUAAGUUUCCUCUCAUGUCCAAGAGCAGGAGACUUCACAGGUUGAUCACAGAGCAAGAGACUAGAUCUUGUUCCAUGGCUCUUACUGUAACGGACCCAAAAGUCAUACUAGAAGAUACUGACAAGAAAGGUAAAGGCCACGAAAUCGAGGAUGACGAUGAAGAAAAAGAAGAAGAGCAAGACAUGGAAGAAACUGGCUAUCCUCACAUCAAACUCGACGACUUUCCCGGGAGUUCAGAGAGCUUCGAAAUGGUUGCCAAGUUCUGCUAUGGCGUCAAGAUGGACCUCUCUGCUUCCACUGUUGUUCCUCUUCGUUGCGCCGCCCAACACCUGGAAAUGACGGAAGAGUAUUCUCCUGACAACUUAAUUUCCAAGACCGAGAGGUUUCUCUCUCAUUCCGUCUACAAGAGCUUACGAGAAUCCAUUAAAGCUCUCAAAGCGUGCGAGUCAGUCUCAGCUUUAUCCGAAUCACUUGGUAUUACUGAACAGUGCAUUGAGUCCAUCAUCUCCAGAGCUUCCUCAGCUGAUCCCUCACUGUUCGGAUGGCCUGUAAACGACGGCGGCGGAGGCCAAGGCGCCGAUCUGCAGCUUAUCCCCGGCGGCGCCACGAAAUCUCGAAAGAAACCGGGUGGAGAUUCGAGCAUGGAGCUGUGGUUUGAAGAUCUAUCGCAACUGAGCCUUCCGAUCUUCACAACAUUGAUCCUAUCAAUGAGAUCAAGAGAUCUGAGCUCCGAUAUCAUAGAGAGCUCUUUGAUUUGUUACGCUAAGAAGCACAUUCCCGGAAUUUUACGUUCUAACCGGAAACCGCCAUCGUCAUCUUCAACAGCAGUUUCAGAGAACCAACAGAGAGAACUCCUAGAGAUGAUAACCUCUAAUCUUCCAUUAGAUAAAAGCUCCAUCUCUUCGACCACGAGAUUCCUCUUUGGCUUAUUACGAACCGCCAUCAUCCUCAACGCCUCCGAGACUUGCCGUGAUCUGCUUGAGAGAAAGAUCGGAUCGCAGCUAGAGCGAGCCACGCUCGACGAUUUGCUUGUCCCGAGUUACUCAUACCUCAAUGAGACAUUGUACGAUGUCGAUUUGGUAGAGAGAAUCUUAGGUCACUUUCUCGACACCUUGGAACAAUCACACACCGCCAUAGUCGAAGCUGAUGGACGAUCACCGUCGCUAAUGCUCGUCGGGAAACUAAUCGAUGGAUUUCUCGCGGAGAUCGCAUCCGACGCUAAUCUCAAAUCGGAUAAAUUUUACAAUCUAGCCAUCUCACUCCCCGAUCAAGCUCGACUCUACGAUGACGGACUUUACAGAGCCGUCGACGUUUAUCUCAAGGCGCAUCCAUGGGUAUCGGAAACAGAGAGGGAGAAGAUAUGCGGCGUGAUGGAUUGUCAAAAACUGACGCUGGAAGCAUGCACACACGCCGCGCAAAACGAGCGGCUUCCGCUAAGAGCCGUCGUACAAGUCCUCUUCUUCGAGCAGUUACAGCUCCGGCACGCGAUCGCGGGGACGUUACUAGCGGCACAAUCGCCGUCUCCGUCACAGUCAACGGAGCCGCGAGCGUCAGCGACAGCAAUAAGGAAUCUAGCGAUAACGGAAGAGGAGACGAGGGGAGAGGGACAGGUGGUGGACGCAGGGAAAUGGAAGAAGACGGUGAGAGAGAAUCAGGUGCUUCGCUUGGAUAUGGAUACGAUGAGGACGCGUGUUCACCGGUUAGAGAGGGAGUGUUCGAACAUGAAGAAAGUGAUCGCGAAGAUUGAUAAAGAAGAAUCAUCACCGGGGACGACGAGGACUGAUCGGCCGAGAAGUUGGUCCAUAACGAAAAAACUGGGAUGUAAAUUCAAGACACAGGUCUGCGAUUCACACGAGGCCACGAUGGUUGAUCAUAGAUCACGACGUUCUUAAAUUGAGUACGAAAGCAUAUUAUUAUUGUGAUUCUUGGAGUUUAGUUUUUUUAUUUUAUUUUAUUAAAUCCUUCGUGAGAUUUCUCUCCACAAUCGUUUUUGACUUGUGGGUUUCGCUUUUAUGACUGAAAUAAACUCGAAAUAGUAAUUGACAA